ACUAGUCUCCCGCUGUACAGCCACACCUUCAGUCUUCUUUCCCUGCGUAGUUCAUCUCACACACAGCAGUGAUUUAUGAUCGCUAUAUAAAUAUGCGUGCGCCCGAGUAAAGGGCUGAAGCCUUAUUAGACCGGAAAUAUGGCCUCUGACUCCCCCCGCGAGAACUUCCUGCGCCUUUUGCAACUGCUGAUAGAGGGGGGUACGACAGCACUGAGAACAUACUUUGAUGCCAUUCACCCCCCUGCCACCCUUGCAGGGGUUCUCGCCGCCAAGCACAGUCAACUCCAAAACUUGUACAAGAAAGGCAUCAUAAAUUCUUCCCAAUGGCCAUUACUCUACCCUCCAAGUGGAAAUUCUGACUCUAAGCUAUUUGAUAUAACUCUGCUGACCAUGUUACUAAGAAAUAUCUGUGGAAUCCUGACUCCCACUGAUCCAUUCUGGAGUACUUAUCCACCUGACACAGAUAACUCUGAUGAGGCUCAUUUAGUGAGGAUACGGAUGUUGAGAAAUGAAUUUGGCCAUCGCACCACUAUCACUAUCAAUGAUUCUGACUUUGAGGCCUAUUGGCAGAAGAUCUCAGAUGCACUGGUUUCCCUUGGGGCUGAUAGGGCCGAGAUUGAUGAUAUGAAAACAAGGCCCCUGGGAACCAAGGAUUAUCAUGGGACUCUUCAAAGAUGGAUUCACUGUGACUUACAAGAGCUGAAAAUGGAAUCUGAAAAAGUGCAGAAAAUGGCUACUGGGGAUAUUCAACAGCACAUUUCUGAACUGUCAGCGGAAGUCACACGUAAAAGUGAUUUGAAAGAAAGUACAGAAAAGAUUGUGUCUGCAAUAGCUUCACUCCAAGUUGAAUCUCCAAGUCGGAAGAUAGAGAGCAAAGAUGCGGCCACUAUAACUGAGGAAGACAAGGCUGCAUCUAUGAGCACAAGCAUGUGUCAGCAAAGAAAGGUUGGAGAUUCAUUUGUAGUUACUCAAGACAGACAUCAUGACCUCAUGGCUAGCUCAGUUGUAGUGGUUGAUAUAACAGCCUGGACUUGUACUUUACUAUUCAGACCCAGCUUAGCAUCAGAGGAUAUGGAGCUUCCAAAGAAAGAAGUUAUCACACACUUCAUUGAGUGUCUGUGUGAAAAGUACACGACUGGUGAAAUGGCGCUGAUAGAGCCCCUAGAAAACCUUGAAGAGCACGACUUCUCCCUUGACAGCAUGUUCACGGAGCCAAAGAUCGUUAGAAAAGACACUGAUCUUGAAGUGAAGAUGAAUAAUAUGUUUGUUGUUGAUGGGAAAGUGAAGAAAGCGUGCAAGGUGCUUUUGGAGGGUGACUCGGGUGCCGGCAAGACUACCUUGACCAAGAAAUUGGCCUCAGACUGGGCUAAAGGAGUCUUGUCUGGAUCUAGUACCUUUCCAGAAGUGGAGUUACUCCUCGUCUUGAAGUGCAGUGAAAUGAAGGAAGGAAAUGAAGGUGGGGGGAUAUUCCAAGCCAUCCAAGAACAGCUGUUACCUGAGGAGAUCACAGUUGAACAGAGGCUUGUGAUUUUUCAAUACAUCAAGCACAAUCAGGGAAAGGUAAUGGUUAUUUUGGAUGGUUUAGAUGAAAUUCCCUUACAGGCAAAUAGCGUCAAAGAAAGCUUAAAUAAGGUAAUCAGCAGAAAUGCGUUAGCCCUUAGCUAUAUUCUUCUUACAAGCAGACCAGACAAGACCCUGUACAGGCACUUCGUGGGGGGUAACAUUCUGCAGAUUAAGGGGUUGUGUAAUGUAGAUGACUACAUUAGUAAUUUCUUCCCAUCCGAUUUAGAGAGUCAACUUUUUUCCAACUCGAUUAGAAAUUUAAGCUUGUCUAAUCCCCUCACAGUAGCGCUGUAUUGUCUUUGCUAUCAAGAAUGCGUUAAAGCCCACACGAGAGAAGACUUCAGCCACAAUAUUACUAUGAGGGAACUGUACGACGAGGUAGCAUACUCACAUAUAAGGAGGUAUUUCGAGAAGGAAAACAGAAAAUUAGACGAACACGAUAUUCAAACGCUAACCUUGGAAAUCGGUAAAGUUGCUUUUGAAAAUCUAAGAAAAAAUGCUGUCACUUUUUCUCUGACAAAAGUAUCAGAAGACCUGAAAAGAGUAGGGUUUUUGAAAAGGCAAAAACCUCAAUGCGCGAUAAGACCAGUUGAAAUGUUUUCCUUUUUUCACAAGUCUUUCCAGGACUAUUUCUGUGCCGUAUAUUUAGCUAGAAGACUUAGGCAAGGAGUUGUUGAACCUGAACUAAUUGGUAAUUGGCGUUUUUUUUAUUGCGUUGAUCGUUAUGACCUCGCUGCGAUGGUGGGUAGCGAUGCAGUGAAUGUUGUUGAAUCACUUGCUCGGAAAGUACUUGAAUGUCCACCACAAGGUUUUGCUUUGUGUGAUGCUCAUAAUCACUCUAUCGCUUUCGAAUUGCUGUGUCAGUGUCUAGUGGAAUGCAAAAAGUUAGAAAGCGAAUUUGUCAAUUUGUUAAAAAACGUGUACCACCUUUUACCGUGUAGAGUUCUUGUCAUAGCUUCUCGUUCGUCCACACUGUUAGGACUGUCGUAUUUGUUAUCUCAAGAUUUAACUUAUUUUGAGAGCCUGCAAACAGUUGGUUAUGUCAGCGGUUUGCGUCCUCUUAGUGAUCUUUUUCUGAAUAUAGCUGAUAGUGUAGAUACUGCUAUGGCAGCUGUGAUUCCUGGUCAGUUAACAGAAGUGUUAGCCGCUUCUUCAUCGGUUCAAAAGCUCGACAUGUUGUUCGAGGCGUUCCCAUUUUAUGAUGGAAAUUUUGAAGAAGCCAUGGCUAAUGUGCUAUCACGUAACACAUCUUUGCGGUAUCUCCGUCUGUGGGGUGUCUCCGAUAAGCCCGAGCACGAGAUGGGGACGAGUUUAUUCAAAUCUCUGAAGAACAACUCAACACUGUCAGCAAUUCACAUUCAUUUCAAUAGCUUAGGUGAUGCAUGUGCAAGCGAGCUCGCCAUGGUCUUAGUAGUUAACACUAGUCUCAAUGCUGUUUGUAUUGGUGGUGAGUAUUUAGGGGAUGCUGGUGUUGCAAGUAUUGCUGAAGCAUUGAAGGUGAAUACAACAGUGCGAAAACUCGGGAUUAAGGGUAGAAACAUGACGCCUGAAGCAGGACGAGCAUUGGGUGAAAUGUUGAGACACAACACUACUAUCACUUUGCUUUCACUAUUUCGUGGUAAUAUUGGUAAUUCCGGUGCACUGAGUAUCGCUUCCGGUCUUUUGCAAAACACAUCACUCGAAAAGAUUCAAAUAGUAAAUUCUUGUAUAGGUCCCACCGGCGUUUCAGCUUUAGCAAAAGUCAUUCAAAAUGCUACGCAUUUAGAUUUGUCAAGGAACAUUAUAGGUACAAAAGGAGCAAAAGCUAUUUCUAAAGUUAUAGAAAACAGUUGCAAGCUCAAAUAUCUACGUAUUGAUCAUUGUAAUAUAGAUGUGCUUGGUGUCAGAGAUAUUGCUAAAGCUUUGUCAAAAAACACAAAUCUAGAGGAACUGUCCGUAGCUUGUGCUGGUAUAGAUGACGAAGGAAUGUGUGAGCUCGCCCGGUCUGUGGCUAAAAAUAAAUCCCUGCAGGUUCUUACCAUCACCUACAAUAACAUCAGCGAGAAAGGUAAGCGGGCUAUAAUUAAGGCAUGUGCGGAGAGUCAGUCGCUAAACCACCUGUUCCACGAGGACGACCCGAUUCUCAACACAUGCCUCAAGUCUCACUCGGUGUGUCUAUGCAGCCGUGAAGUCUUCUCUCGAUUCGUGCUUGAUAGUCCCUUGAAGGGUUUCCCCUCACCUUACCUAGUGUACAAACAAUACGAGCAAGGUGUAGAAAGUCAAGUUCAGGGUUUUGUCAUAGCUUCAGAUAGAUGUUUGCUAUACAGUAUUUAGUUAUUGUAUUUAGGUUAUCGUCUUGUUUGAUCGCGUGUAUUUUACGUUGAGGCAACCACAUCAGUGUUUUGUACUCUAUAUAAGUCUGGCAGUAGCAGUUACUAAGAGAAAAUAACUUCAUAGAUUAUAACUCUAGGAUGAUUUUAGUUGGGCUAAAUGAAAAUGGUUCCCUUGGUUUACGUUUUCUUCUUUUUUGUUUGUGUUCUUUUUUGUCGGCGCUAUGCGGCUAUGGCGCUGUCAAGUAUAUUUACCACUGUAAGUAGUGGAUUUUACUCUGCCGAUAAGCUUACUUGAUGUAAAUUUAUGUCUAGGUUAUCGUCUUGUUUGAUCGCGUGUAUUUUACGUUGAGGCAACCACAUCAGUGUUUUGUACUCUAUAUAAGUCUGGCAGUAGCAGUUACUAAGAGAAAAUAACUUCAUAGAUUAUAACUCUAGGAUGAUUUUAGUUGGGCUAAAUGAAAAUGGUUCCCUUGGUUUACGUUUUCUUCUUUUUUGUUUGUGUUCUUUUUUGUCGGCGCUAUGCGGCUAUGGCGCUGUCAAGUAUAUUUACCACUGUAAGUAGUGGAUUUUACUCUGCCGAUAAGCUUACUUGAUGUAAAUUUAUGUCUAAAUAAAAAUAAAAGAACUGUUUACACCG